UCUUUUCAUGAACUGAAUUCCCGGAAAGUGAAACUUCAUGGAGCUAAAGGGCUACUUUUAAACAGAGCAAAGUCAUUUCGUCAAAUAGGAAUUGUUUGAACCCACCCAUCUCCAACUAUCCAGCCCAGUGGCUGCAUCUGAAAUUCAAGCAGAUACCAGUUCCCAACUUCUUGUCUGGGGAAAAAACCGAACACAACUAAAGACAAAGAAGUGACAUCGCGAGAGGAGCUACGAGCCUCUGGCCCCUCCCCCCUUUCUGAGGAGGGUUCUCUGGAAUCACUGGGCAGUCAGACGGGGAAAGCAGUGAGAGACACAGAAGGAGGAUGGGAGGAGCCAGCUCCAGAGAUCAACGAGCUGAAACUUCAAACCGUUUAGAAGAUGAAACAGUAGAAUCUUCAAAUUCUACAUUCUUCACUAAUGAAGAACUCACCAAACUCCAGUCUGAUUAUGACAUGGGUGGAGUGGAAAAGGUUAAAACAGUGGUACAGCAGAAAGUAACUGAACUGGACAAUACAGAACUUAAUAUUGCAGUAACGGGAGAAUCAGGUGCAGGGAAAUCUUCCUUCAUCAAUGCGAUGAGAGGACUUGAGUUCGAUGAUGAGGGAGCAGCUGAAGUUGGUAACAUAGAAACCACAAUGGAGCCAACGGGAUACAAACAUCCCAACCUGCCGAAUGUUUGUUUCUGGGAUUUGCCAGGAAUUGGAACCAAAACAUUCCCUGCGAAUAAAUACCUGAAGAAAAUGAAAUUUAAAAGGUAUGAUUUUUUCAUCAUCAUCUCAGCCUGUCGAUUCACAGAAAAUGACAUACAACUUGCCAAAGAGAUCAAACGGCUCGGAAAGAAUUUUUAUUUUGUUCGCUCUAAAAUUGAUAAUGAUCUUUAUUCAAAGAGAAGGAGAGGGAGGCAAUUUAAUGAAGAGGAAGAACUGAAGAAGAUCAGGAAUGACUGUGUCAGCAAGCUGCAAGAGGCUGGGAUGCCAUCACCCAGAGUGUUCCUGAUAUCAAACUUUGACCUGAAUCUGUAUGAUUUUAGUCUGUUAAAUAAAGCUCUGGAAGAUGACCUUCCGACUAUAAAGAAAAGUGUAUACAUCCUCGCUCUCCCAAAUAUCAGCUCGGAGACUGUGGAGAAGAAAAGGAAAGAGCUAAGGAAACAAGUCUGGAUGUUGGCGACACUUUCUGGGGGAAUUGGGGUAGUGCCAAUUCCUGGAGUCUCCCUGGGCUGUGACAUUGGGAUAGUAAUUGGAGGAAUAGUACAUUUCCGUCAAUGUCUGGGUCUGGAUGAUUCCUCUCUUCAAAGUCUGGCCAAGAGGGCAGGGAAACCUGUGGAGGAUCUGAAAGCAGUGGUGACAACUCCCCUGGUCGGGGGGGAGAUAACCCCUGAUGUCAUAAACAGAUUGGCCUGGGGUGCUGCUGCUGUCACUGCUUCAGCAAUUGAAGUCUUCCUUGACACCAUCCCAGUGAUUGGUUCCAUCUUCGGAGCAGGGUCAUCCUUCUUUUUUACCUACAAACUGCUGAGUGCUGCAUUGGAUGAUCUUACAGAGAGUGCACAGAAAGUGAUGUCGGCUGCAUUUGGGAAUGAAAAUGAUCCAAACCAAACAUCAGUGCAGUGAGUGAAUGCUUUAGCUAAGCACUGAUGAAAGUCUACUCUAUAAUAUUCCCUUGUGACUGAACUUGUUUGUGAAAAUAUUCCUCCCUCACAUCAGGGAAAUGUUAUUGCAGAACAGUAUCUUUUUUGAGGUGUACUACAAAGAAGAAUUUUAAGAGUUGAAUUAAUUUCACAUGUUCCCUGAACAGAGGUUACUCCUUGAGUAAAUACAAAUUUAAAUAAAUGUUCCCUGCUGCAGGAUGUAUUCAUUCAGCCCCCCAUUCCUGUGGUCAGACAUAUCUGUGUGUCCACAGAAGAGGAGAAACUUCUUCACCCAGAGAGUGGUGGGUGUGUGGAAUGCUCUGCCCCAGAAGGCUGUGGAGGCCCAGUCUCUGGAUACUUUCAAGAAAGGGUUGGAUAGAGCUCUUAAGGAUAGUGGAAUCAAGGGUUAUGGGGAUAAGGCAGGAACAGGAUACUGAUUGAGGAUGAUCAGCCAUGAUCAUAAUGAAUGGUGGUGCUGGCCGAAAGGGCAGAAUGGCCUAUUCCUGCACCUAUUGUCCAUUGAUGGAUUCAGUUCCAACAUUCAGCUCCUUCUCUGUAAUGGUCUCUUUUUAAAAUAUGACAACAGCAUUAUGACAGAAAGGCAACCAGUGGAGCUGUGUUUCAUUUUGAUUAUGGGUAAUUUCCACAUUGGUCCCUUUUUCCAUCCUCAUAGCUAUCAUUCAAAGACAUUUUAAACCUGUGUUAAGGUCUUCCUCCCAGCAAACAACAAUCCCAAUAGAAAGUCUUAUCAAGAGGAAGCUUAUUUUCUAAUGCUGUUAAACCCAUCAGCAUAUUCAGUGUACAGCCCACUCACCUGGUGUUCGAACAGUUGUUGCACAAAGCAGAGAAUGUCAGAAACGAUUUCAAUUCUCUGCAGAUCUGGAUGUACAUUGCAUCAGAAGAUGGAUGAAGGCACUGGAUAAAGUAAGGGCGAAGGGCCCUGACAACAUGCCAACAAUACGACUGAAGACACCGGCUCCACAACCUGCCAAGAUCCUAAGCAAUUUGUCCAUUGGAAUCUAAUUGACAAAUGGCAGCACAUCAGACAAUGAGCCACUAACUGCCCUUUCAGUCUACUCUCAAUCAUUAAUAAAGUGAUGUUGCUGUCAAACAACACUUGCUUAACAAAAAUCUGCUCUUUGAUGCUCAGUCUGGGUUCUGCCAGAGUUGAGAGUGUGUUGCUGGAAAAGCACAGCAGGUCAGGCAGCAUCCGAGGAACAGGAAAAUCAACGUUUCGGGCCGGAUCUCUUCAUCAGGAAUGAGAGGAUAGACAGAUAGACAGUGUCAGCUUUCCCAGUCGGCAGAUUGAGAUACCUCUCCAUUAAUGUGAUGCUGCCUGACUUGCUGUGCUCUUCCAGCAACACACUCUCAACUCUGAUCUCCAGCAUCUGCAGACCUCACUGUCUCCUGGACUCUGCCAGGCCCACUCAGCUACUGGCUUCAUGACAACUUUGAUCAAAACACACUAAAGAGGUGAACUGCACAGGUGAUGUGAGAGAGACUGCACUUGGCAUCAAGGUCCCACCCCUCAGUACGAGUGAGAUAGGACUUGCAGCACCCUGAUGCAGCAAGGACAGUGGGUUACAUUUGAUUCCAGGUCAUUGGCAGAAAUGGAACACAUUACGCUCGAAUGGACAAAGAAUGCCUGGCCAUUGUCUUUGCUUGUGAACAUUUUCAUCAAUACCUACUUCCAGGAGACAAAAUCACAUUUGGGACUGACCACAAACCACUUCAAAGCAAUUUCCACAAACUGCCAUUGUCUGCUCCAAAGAAUGUCACUCACAAGACAGAGGUAGCAUUUGCACAUGCUAGACAGGUGACUGAAGCAGAUGUAAAUUGCAGACAUGCUGUUGACAGCAGUUUCCCAGUAAUACAGGAAUCGUAAAGCUAUCCAUAAACUGCAAUAGCUACAGAAACCCUUCCUACUCAUAUACCCACCCAAAUGCCUUUUAAAUGUUGUAAUUGUAACAGCCUCCACCACUUCCUUUGGCAUUUCAUUACAGACACGCUCCACUGUCUGUGUGAAAAAGUUACCCUCAGGGCCUUUUUAAGUCUUUCCCCUCACCUUUAACACAUUGACAUAAAUUGUAAUCUAUUGUCACUGAUGGACACAAUUCUUAAAAGAAACCCUUCCACUGACAACUUUGUAAUUUCAAGGUUAAUUUUGUGCAAACGCUGAGCCACUCACUUCCACUACCAUAUUACAGACUUACCCACUGCCAGUUCUCCCAUGGGUCCCAGCUGCUGAGAUACUAUAAGACAGGAGGACCAGUGAUUGCAAAGAUGACUGUAACAAAAUAUGCUCAAGGUCCAAGAUUCCUUUGUUCUGAAUCAAUCGUCCCUUUUUUCAACACACUAAACAAAAGGCAAGUUUAUUUUCAGUCAAGCUCAUGUUUUGCAUCUGUUUUAAUGGCAUUGCCAUAUCAUUGGAGUUCAGCUUGUGUUGACAAUUACAAGUAAAAGUGUUCUAAUUAAAUGCUGUGUUAUCAAUAAAUAAUUGA